UGUUAUCACUCAUAAUACACUCUUGCGGGGAUUAGAAGACGCUACCCAUGUUCGCCCAAUCAGCCAUCCACUCCAACCGCCCACGAGUCGGCGGCAAAGCACCUGAACAAGGCAUGGUACAACAUGGCAGUGCAACAAAGCCUUCUUUCGGCCCUCACCUAAAUCCAUGGUGGAGUUAAUAACAAUUCCUAUGUGCUCCAUAUAUAGCGGCAUGGCCCGCUGGCCCAUCGCUUGGUGUUCACCUGUUUUUCAAACUACUACUUUUUAUCGCGAUGUCCGACGAUGUUAGAGUCAAAAAUUUCCUGCGAAUACUUAUCCCAGGCCAAGAGCCAAAUAUUGACAUCGUUGCCGUACACGGCCUUAAUCCCAAAAACAAAGACUAUCAUGCCGAAAGGACCUGGAUGUCCGGCGAGAAGCUAUGGCUGAGAGACUUUCUUCCACACCAGCUACCGAGGGCUAGGAUCUUGCUUUUUGGAUAUAAUUCCAACGUGGGAAUCCAAUCUUCUUCAGCUGGUGUACGAGAACAGGCGCAGAAUCUCUUGAACAGACUACGCCUGGAAAGACAGGGCUUCGAGAAUCGACCUAUAAUUUUUAUUGCUCACAGCCUUGGUGGAAUUCUUGUGAAAGAGGCUCUUGUUCAAGCAAAACUUGGAGAGGCAUACUAUUCGAUUUACACUGCCACGUUCGGGAUAGCCUUCUUUGGCACUCCACACCGAGGAAGUCCUCUGGCACGAGUAGGAGAUGUAGUUGCCAAGGUCGUGAGAACUGUGCUCAGAAACCCAAGUAAUACCUUCCUGAAUGCUUUGAAGAAGGAUGAUCUUUACGCAAAUGAGCUUUCGUCAAAUUUCCAGCAGUUGCUAGAAAACUACCGGUAUCUCAACUUUUAUGAGACAUUGCCCUUUAAAAGCUUUGGCAUGAUAGUGGAAAAGAACUCGGCUACAUUCGGUCUACCUGGUUCACGAGAAACAGCAAUUGCAUUGAAUGCCGAUCAUGAAGAAAUAUGCAGAUACGCGAGCGAAUACGACGAAGAUUACAAACAUAUAUCUGCACUUAUAGUUGAACUUGCAGACUCAGCCACAAAGGAAUUCGGAGAGAAGUCCUUAUUCGGGAAUUUGAGCGGCUCAGAGUCUACUCUUGUGGCCGACGAGAGCGAUCCAGCCUUUUUUGUGAUGCCUUACGCACGUAACCCUGGUUUUAUAACCCGCAAACCUAUUGUUCAACAGUUAAGAGAUCGCAUCACACCAAUUGGAGAAUCUCAUUCACGAGUCGCACUUUUCGGGCUUGGGGGUGUUGGGAAAUCACAAAUUGCUAUUGAGUUUGCCUAUCAGAUCCGUGCCGAGUGUCCUCAAACUUCAGUGUUUUGGAUACACGCGAGCAGCAUUGAACGCUUCCGAAAAGGAUACUAUAAUAUCCUGAGCGAGUGUGAUAUCCCGGAAGUGGACACCGAAAAAUACGAUAAAUUGAUUCGCGUCAGAGAUUGGCUUGAAAAUGAGCACAAAGACUGGCUUAUGAUCAUUGAUAAUGCCGACGAGGCUUCACUUUUCCUGUCGAGCGGAGAACUUUCUCAUGGCAAGUUGAAAAAGAACUCAUCCACAGCAGAACUUUCAAUCUUGGACUAUCUCCCGAAAUGUGUCCACGGCUCAAUUCUCAUUACCACAAGAAACCGUGCUGCAGGGGUCAAAUUUACCCAAAGCUGUCCCGCGGAUCUUGUUGAAGUCCAGACCAUGACCGAGACGGAGUCAAAAAACCUCAUCAAAUCUACCGUGACUGACCAUAUUCCUACUGAGCUGGAGAUGCACCAGCUCUCUGAUUUGCUUGAUCAUUUGCCUUUAGCGCUAGUUCAAGCUUCUGCCUUCAUGCAGGAAAACAUGCUGAGUGUAGGGGAAUACAUCGACCUGUAUCAUGAUAGCGAUGAGACAAGAAUGGACCUACUAUGCGAGUCCUUCGAGACCUUAGGGAGAGAUACGGAGGUUCCUAAUGCUGUGGCUACCACAUUGAUAGUUUCCAUAAACCAGAUCAAGGAGCGAGACCCUAAGGCAAUCGAGGUAUUAUCUCUCAUGGCUUUCCUUGACCAGCAUGACAUUGCCAAAAGCUUGGUCAAGCAACAAGUGAAGCGCCCGCUAGAGCUCACCAAAGCCUUAGGGACUUUGAAGUCAUUUUCGCUUAUCAUGGCGAACGAACAACGAGCAAGCUUUUCUCUCCAUCGAUUGGUACAACUGGCCAUGCGCAAGUGGCUGAUUGUCGAAUCUGCGUUUGAGGAUAAAGCUAUCCAAGCGAUGGACGUCGUUGCCGAGUUGUUUCCUAACGCCACACAUGAAAACUGGGCUAUCUGUGCGGCUUAUCUUCCUCAUGCCCAGACAGUUCUCCAGUUUAUACCAGAACUAGAUGGAAAGCUUCUGAGGAGAAAACUUUAUCUUCAAGAAGGUAUAGCCUUUUAUCUAUGGUCGCAGGGCUAUUGCAAAGAGGCAGAGGAACUGGACCUUCUGAUCGUCGAAGCGAACAAACGGGAAUAUGGCAUGGAACAUCCGGAGACGCUUGAAAGCCUUGGGGGCCUCGCAUCGACGUAUCAAGACCAGGGAAGAUGGUCUGAAGCCGAAAAGUUAGACUUACAUUUAGUUGAGACAUGGAAAAAAUUACGAGGACCUACGCAUCAUCUAACGCUAACCAGCAUGUCCAACUUGGCAAAGAUAUACCAACACCAAGGUCGGCUCAGGGAGGCUGAAAGCCUGGCGCUACAUGUCAUGGAAACAAGGAAAUCAGUCUUUGGUACUGACCAUGAAAGCUCCAUUAAUUCCAUGGCCAACUUUGGACAUCUUUGCAUUGACUUAGACCGCUUGGAGCAGGCUGAAGAGCUAAUAAAAUAUGCUUGGAAUUGGAGGAAGAAUAAAUUUGGAGUGGACGAUGAAGCUACGCUUUCUUGUGCAGCUACCCUGGGGGCAAUCUAUUGUUCUCAACAUAAGCUGGAACAAGCGGAGCAAUGGACCUUGGACACACUUCAUAAAAUGGAAGAAAAGAUGGGACCCAAUCAUCCAAACACCCUCAUGAACAAAGGAAACCUGGCGUCAGUUUAUAAAGAUAAAAAAGAGUGGGACAAAGCCGAGGAGCUGAUUCUCGAGGUCAUAAAAGAAGUGACAAAGCAAGUUGGGCCUACUCAUUUUGAUACACUUGUUCAUAGGCAACUACUUUCCCUUAUAUACUGGGGAAAAGGCCUUAUAGAACAGGCUGAAAAGAUGGAGGAGGAUAUUUUUCGUGAAGCUCUGGAAACCCUUGGACCAAAUCAUUAUUUUACGCUGACAUGUAUGCACUUGACAGCUAUUACUCGGAAGUGCCAAAAUCGGGAAAUUGAAGCUGUCAAUUUGAUGGUGGAAGUGGUGAACGGCAGAGAAAACAUGCUGGGCCCCUACCAUGAGAGUACUUUGGAGUCUUUAGGGGAGCUGGUCCAGUGGUGUGGUGAAGAUAAAGCAAUAGAAAUGCUGCUGGACACAGAAGAGUGCUCAUAA